AUUUAACAAAAGUUCAAAACAGUUGGGAACAGUUCGGUUUUAAAUAUAAAAACAUAUUUUAUAUCGAAUUGUUUUCUGAAUUAUAGUUUAUUCAAAUGGAUAUUGAUGUUAUGAAUUUACCUACAUUUAAAUUACGGGUAGCAAAUUUGUGAUAGACAAUUAGACGUAAUACUGGACCCAACCCAGAUGCAGUUUAUGGCAUUAGGUAAGCGGCGUUUAAGAGUCGCAACAACGGAGACUGACCGGAGAUUGGGCUCUGCUUCUGGCUCUGCUUCUGGCUCUUGCCUGGGCUCACCUCCAGCUGUGAUCGGGGGGUAUAAAAGGCGGCGCGAUCGCGUCGCGCGAAAUCAGAGUCAAAGCCAACGGCGCGAGAGCAACAACACAUCGAACAGACCGACAACAACAGGUGGACAACAACGGGGUUCAGCUGUUUGGAGCUUUGUAAACAAACAGAAGACAAACAAUACGUGAAAAGUACAAAUAGAAACGCUUUAAAAACAGCGACUAAAUCGGAGAUUGAACCCGUAUCGAAAACGAGAACGCAUUCGCAAAAUGGAUGCCAAAGAGUUUCGUGAGUUUGGCAAAGCUGCCGUUGACUAUGUGGCCGACUAUCUGGAGAAUAUACGGGAGCAUGAUGUACUGCCCGCGGUCGAUCCGGGCUACCUGCUGCAGCUGCUGCCCAAGCAGAUGCCCGAAGCACCCGAGGCAUGGCGAGAAAUUCUAUCAGACGUCGAUCGCGUGAUCAGGCCCGGCAUCACCCAUUGGCAGUCGCCAAACAUGCACGCCUACUAUCCCACCAGCGUGUCCUAUCCAUCGAUUGUGGGCGACAUCAUGGCCAACGGUUUUGGCAUCAUUGGCUUCAGUUGGAUAUGCAGCCCGGCCUGCACGGAGCUCGAAGUGGUCGUCAUGGACUGGCUGGCCAAGUUCCUAAAGCUGCCCAGCCAUUUUCUGCACGAGUCCGAGGGUCCCGGCGGCGGCGUCAUUCAGGGUUCCGCCAGCGAGGCUGUGCUGGUGGCCGUUCUGGCGGCGCGCGAACAGGCCGUGCGCAGGGAGCGCGAGUGCCAUCCGGAGCAGAGCGAGAGCGAGAUACGCGGCAAGCUAAUUGCCUAUUCGUCAGAUCAGAGCAACAGUUGCAUUGAGAAGGCGGGCGUGCUGGCGGCCAUGCCGAUCAAAUUGCUGCCGGCCGGCGAAGAUCUGGUGCUGCGCGGCGCCGCACUGAAGGAGGCCAUUGAACGAGAUGUGGCCGCCGGUCUCAUACCCGUCAUCUGCGUAGCCACGCUGGGAACGACGGGCACGUGCGCCUACGAUGAUAUCGAAUCGCUGGCCAGCAUCUGCGAGCAGCAUCAGGUGUGGCUGCAUGUGGAUGCGGCAUACGCUGGUGGCGCAUUCGCCCUGGACGAGUGCGCUGAACUGCGUCGCGGACUGGAUCGCGUGGACUCUCUAAACUUUAAUUUACAUAAAUUUAUGCUUGUCAACUUUGACUGCUCGGCGAUGUGGCUGCGCGACGCCAACAAGGUAAUCGACAGCUUCAAUGUGGAUCGCAUCUACCUGAAGCACAAGCAUGAGGGUCAGACGCAGAUUCCGGAUUUUCGCCAUUGGCAGAUUCCGCUGGGUCGCCGCUUCCGUGCGCUUAAGGUGUGGAUAACAUUCCGCACUCUGGGCGCUCAGGGUCUCCGCGCACACAUGCGCAAACACAUUGAUUUGGCCAUCCAAUUCGAAAAUCUGGUGAAGGCCGAUGAACGUUUUGAGUUGGUUGCUCCACGCGCCCUGGGACUGGUUUGCUUCCGGGCAAAGGGUGACAAUGAAGUAACGUCACAGUUGCUACAACGUUUGAUGGAGCGUAAAAAGAUUUACAUGGUCAAGGCAGAGCAUCGUGGGCAGCUGUUUUUGCGAUUUGUUAUAUGCGGCAUGGAUCCUAAGCCAUCGGACAUUCAAUUUGCCUGGUCGGAGAUUGAGACACAGCUGACAUCACUAUGUGCUGAGCAACAGGUAAAUGCGCGCAAAGCUGGAGAACUGUCAGAGCUAACGCAUCAUUUAAGUGGGCUACAGCUAACAAAUGAAACGCUGCAGCGCUAGUCGAAUAUUCAGUAAUAUUGCAAUUAAAAAAUGCAUAAUCGAUAUUAAUGGCAUGUAACAAGUAGAUAAGAAAUAAUAAAUACAUCAUACAAAUGAAAGAA